UAUAAAUUGUCAUAAAAGUAACAUUGUAUCUUAUUUUUCAUAUAUCUAGAUCUUAUUUCUUUGACAUGGAAGAAGCUUCAAGGGGAGAAAAAUGGCAAGCCAAAGUGUCAGCUACCCUCACAAAGACAAAGCCAGACCAAAUCUGCCCUCUCUUCACCGAUUUCUUCAAUCUCAACAAGUGGCUUCCGACGCUAGGCACGUGUCACGGCGUCCACGGCAACAACGGUGAACUCGGCUGCAUCAGAUUCUGCUCCGGCUCUUCCAUAGGAUCCAACGGCGUAACAUCCGCCGUGGAAUGGUCGAAGGAGAAGCUGGUGGCCAUUGAUCCAGUGGAGCGUGUAAUGAGAUAUGAGAUAGUGGAGAGUAACAUUGGAUUCGAGUCCUACGUCUCCACGCUGAAGAUAUCUCCACGUGGCGAAGUUGAAGACGUUGAUGGUUGUGUGAUUGAGUGGAGUUUCACCGUUGAUCCCGUGAGAGGAUUGUCUCUAGAUGAUUUGGUGAAGAAAUACGAGAAAGCACUUGGGGUAAUCGCCAAGAACAUGGAAGAGGCUUUGACAAGAGGAGAGUCUUCUUUCAAAAGUUGUUGAUAAGUUAAUAGCAAAUAUGCUUUUAACAAAACCUAUUUUAAGAUUGUGGUGAAUUUGUAAGAUGGCCAUUUUUGGAGCUUAAAUCAAAAAUGUGGCACAAAAGUAAAACAAAGAGUAGCAAUUUUUCUGUUCCGUGUAGUUUAAGCUAGUUAGACAAUACUGUCUUUCUAUCACACAACUUCACAAUAUUUUUUUUUAAUCAACACACAA